AUGAGUUCAAUCCAGUCGCUCGGCCUCCACGAACCCAGCGCUGUGCCCUACCUUGUUUCCGCUUCGAUACUUCCUCCUGAUCCAUCGCCUUCACUGUACAAAUGGACCCUCUCGCGCGUAUACGAGAAAAAUGCCUCAAAAUUGGUGGAAGAGGAGAUUCUCAUCACAGCACAUUGCGUGGUGUGGUCCAGGAACGGCGCAAUUGAAAGAGCGCUGAACCUCAGUGUUGAAGGGGAGACUAUUCUUCAUGCCUUUGUUACCCGGUUUGGUCAGCCUGGUACUGGCCAGAACAGUGGCCAACACCAGAAUGAACGCGUGAAGCCUGGGGACCGUGGUCUAGUGGUGGUGUUCAAAACUCAGGUUCACAUAUUCCUUCUCUCAGGCGACAGCUAUGUUUUCCCUCUGUCCUUUGAGGUUGAGUCUGCGUUUCCGUAUCCAUGCGGGUUCAUACUACAGCGCAAACUGAGCGACAGGGAAUCUGGUGGCUUCGUUGAACAUGUCCACCAUGACCUCAGCACCAUCAAUGAGACUCUGACGUCUAUCGGAGACAACAGCUCUCGACCAUCAUUGAUCUUGCCAGAGAAGCGGCACUCGGACCCUCGACCACUAUCUUCCAGCGCCAGUGGUAUGCCCAGGACCUUUUCAUUCACUGAAAUCAUGUCAGAACUCGGUCUCGUGGUGUGGAGCCCCAACCGGAAAGGUGAAGCCCUCGAAGAAUGCAAUGCUCUCCCUCGUUCAGAGAAGUUAAUCUACAUCACUGCUGGCGACGAAGUCGGCUCUGAGAAGGCAAGUGAUCGACCGGUCUGCAUGGCAUUGACCUUCAACGAAAAAACUGCUACUUUCACUCUCUGGCACGUAAGCGGAGAUGCCAUGAGCGAGCAACAACAAGCACGAAACAAGCAGGAUGGCAACACCAAAUCUCGCGCAUCUUUGAGGAAGAGUUCCAACAUCUAUGGCCGAGACCAUGGCACCCUCAGGGAAAGCCUUUUAGGCUCACGGCCUCCACAUCCAGACGGUGGGCCGUUCUCGUCUUUGGAGGAGCAAAAGUCCUUUCCAGUAAAUGAUCUGGCUUCUCAACUGGGGCCCGAAUUUGGCGACGUCGGAGUGCAAACCCGAUCAGCCCGCAGAGUCAGCUCAAUGCUGGCACGCACGGAUUUGGGUCCCGCAACCGAUCGAAACACAUUCAAUGACCUUGCAAUGGGCCAUGCAGGCCGACAGAGUCUGAAUCGGGCGGGCAGACGAGGCGAGUCAAUCGGCAGCUUCAAUGAUCGGCAGAGCUUUGGUUUUCGACGGAGGAGCUCUUUCCCGACAAAUGCAUCGAUCCUAAGCAAUGGAACCUCAUUCUUGGACAUUUCAGCUCGGGCUCUGUUAGAAGAGUUUGACCCAUUACGGCAAUCCACGCGCCUCGAAGAUGAUACCUUUGACGGCCCAGAAACGAAUUUACCUAAGAGCGUCGGGUUCUUCAAGGUCAAAAGCUUCCCCAGACGGCAGUCAGCUCCCGAGUCCAAUUCAGCAUUCGAAACAAAGGUUUUGCAGCUGAGCAGUGGCACCUCAUUCGAGCAGGAUGGUAAGCAGACAAGGGACGUCUACCUUUGCGUACUAGACAAGAGCACACAGGAGAUGACCAUCGUCAGGGUUUUGGUCAAACGACAUAUCUAUGCCGGUACAAGAAAAUCGACCGUGUCCAAGCAUUCUUUGGAGCUCAAAGCUGCUGAAGUCCGCAGCUUACCGGGUAUAAAGGACGCCUGCACAGUCGUGGAUAGAUCUAUUCAACGAUUAGUCGUCCUAACACAGUCCCGGUCACAGAUGAUUGGCUUGCAGCUCGAGUCGCCAUGGUCUCCGUCUUUCCAAAUCGGACUUCCUGUUCGAUACGCAAUCUACGACCCGCUUGUGAGCCCUCAGCCAUAUAGCCCUAGGAAAGACAAAGAUACGGGAAUCAGGAGGGUCAUACCGGCGAAAGAAGUACAAAUUCAAGCCUUGUUUGACUCGGGCAUUCAAGCACAGAUUUACGUUGUUGAUCAAGACAAGCGCCGGCAUGCGCUGGGAAUCCAACUUGCUCCUCAAGAUCCUCUCGUGCAAAAGGUUCUCAACAUGUGUAACAUGGUGCUAGGUCCAAACCAACAGGAAAGCCUUCUCGUUGCCUUUUGGGAGGUGGCGAGGUGGUUGAAAGGCAGGGAAACACCAGUGACCUCUGAAUGGACUGCACUGCUGGUAGUGCUCUUCUCGCUUGGGGUGCCUUUCAUCAGCAGUCAGCAUUCGCAGUCCACACCAACGCGUCGUCGGACCAAAACUGCUUUUCUUCGGUCCAGUAGUGGAAGUGCCAUCGACCUUACUAAUUACAACCUUAUGCAUCAUGCGGAAGACGAAAUGCCCCAAGCAUUAGGAACGCAAGUGCCUGCUUGGGAAUGGAUGUCUCAGAAACCACCCGAAACAGCAACAGUCACUCCAAAAUCAAAGCACUCACGCGCGGCGAGUGCAACAUCUUUUCAAGAACGUGCCCCCGAGAAGAAGAACGCCUUUUUGCUCACAUGUAUCGCACUGGCACGAGAGUAUACCCAGACUCCCAUUGGGGAAAGCGCCCUUGGACCGGAGGGCUAUUUGCCAACUUCGAUCAACAGAGAGCGAGAACAGCGAUGCAAUGCCAUACCCAGCAUUUUACUCGGACUUCAUCUCCUUUACGAGGAAGACAAACUCAACACUGUAGCAAAUCCUGGCCGGAAGGAUACAAGAACCCGUUUAUUGGUCGCUCUCGUACAGCUGGGGCUGUGGCUAGGAUGGACAGACUGGACCGCUGGGAGCAACACUUACUACGGGCACGAAUCAGCACAAGUCGCUGAAUAUUUGGUCGACGACUCUUUACUCGAUGGUCUCCGAAUCCCAGCCCAGCCAUUUCCGCCGCCGUCGAUCUACGAGCAUUUUGAAAAGUGGAUCAAAGGAAUUUCACCUGCUCCAUUUUUGACCCUGACUCGUUUAUCUGGUUUGCCGGAGCUGAGCAACCAUGACCAUCCAUUGUGGUGGCAAGCAGCAAAUCUGACCCCCCGGACGUUAGAACUCCUGACCUUCAUGGAUCAAGCUAAGGACCAGCUCAGCCCCCACAAAGCAGUCGCAGCUUUGCUUCGGUCGGGAUUGAACGAGCGCGUCCUGAGCACUCUUCCUGACGGAGUAGCUGCCGCAUUCCAUCAAACAAUUGCAUCAUUCCGGUAUAGGGCGGACAAGAUAGGAGACCAGGUGAAUCAACUGAUCCUAGGACGCGAUGUUACAUCACACCGAGGUUACGAUCUAUCUCACCAUUCGUACAAGCCACACUUGGUGCUGCCACCAUCACACGAAGCUGUAAAGGACUAUCACACCGUGUGCUCCUCUGCAACCGAGACGGAAACCCUUCAAAGAUGGGACGCAUCCUCUGAAGCCGACCGACAUGCUAUUAGCAAGUUGAUAUUUAACGAGGAUCGUCGCUUCUCAGAAGCUUCUAAACUUGUCAAUCAGAGCCGACCUCCCGUCGUGGAGUGCACACCCGAGCCUGGCUGGAGUGAUGUGGACAUGUUAGAGGCGCAAAAGGAACUAGCACAUGGGCGCGUCCCCUUGCUCACAGAGAGGGUGCCCUCGCCCGCUUUCAGUCUGCAAUGUAUUAUGAAACCUCGUAACGCGAGUGAGGGGGCUCAAGCCAUGACUUUCAGCGCCGACAAAGCCACCUAUACAGAAGAGAAGGUGUGUUGGGCAUUCUUUCAUAACGGCGCCUCGACGGGCCUCAUGAUCUCGACCGACGCCAAAGGAAUCAACACCUCAUGGAUACAGUUCAAUAAGCCGCCUGACUUGACAAACCGCCAUGCUGGAUUCUUGCUUGCUCUUGGUCUCAACGGACAUCUUCGAACACUAGCCAAAUGGGUUGCAUUCAAGUACCUCACACCCAAGCACACGAUGACAUCCGUCGGACUCUUACUCGGACUAUCAGCCUCUUUCCUAGGGACCAUGGACACCUUGAUCACACGGCUGCUCUCGGUCCACGUCACACGUCUACUGCCGUCUGGCGCAGCCGAACUCAAUCUAUCUCCAUUGACACAAACUACUGGAAUUAUGGGAAUUGGGCUUUUGUAUUGUAAUUCUCAGCACCGUCGCAUGUCUGAAGUCAUGCUGUCAGAAAUUGAGAACGAUGACCCCGAAGAGGGUGUUGCAUUUGACAACGUGCUUCGCGAUGAGGGUUACCGCCUGGCCGCCGGAUUUUCGUUAGGACUCAUCAAUCUUGGGCAGGGCAAACGCCUUCAUGGACUCCAUGAUAUGGGUGUUGUUGAACGCCUUCUCACCAUCGCCGUGGGCACGAAGAAUGUGAAUAUGGUCCAUGUCCUCGACCGUGCAACUGCAGGUGCUGUCAUGGCCAUCGCUUUCAUUUUCAUGAAAACCAACGAUAGAGCAAUCGCGCAGAAAGUCGAUAUUCCAGAUACAUUGCACCAGUUCGACUAUGUGCGACCAGAUAUAUUCCUUCUUCGGACUCUUGCGCGGCACCUGAUCAUGUGGAACUCGAUUCAACCCACGGACGAUUUUAUCGGUAUGUCGCUUCCCGAGCCCUACAGGUCGAGAAUCGAUCUGAAGGCUACGAAGUUUCUCAGCACUGAAGACAUGCCGUUCUUCAACAUUAUUGCCGGGGUCUGUUUUGCCAUUGGGCUGAGAUUCGCGGGCUCUCAACGACAAGACGUUCGCGAUCUUCUCGUCUCUUACUUGGACAAUUUCAUCCGUCUAAGCCGUCUGCCUGCGCAUAACUACGAUUCACAAAUUACCCUCAACAGCGUACGCAACUGCCUCGACACCCUAGCCCUGGCUUCAGCUACCGUUAUGGCUGGUUCAGGCGAUUUAGUCGUUAUGCGCCGUCUGCGUGCUCUUCAUGGACGUACCGAUAAAGAUACGCCAUUCGGAAGCCACUUGGCGGCACAUAUGGCGCUUGGUGCAUUGUUCCUAGCCGGCGGCACACGGACCUUUGGAACCUCAAAUCUAGGAAUUGCGAGCCUGUGUAUCGCCUUCUAUCCGAUCUUUCCGAAUGACGUCCUCGACAACCGCGGCCAUCUUCAAGCUUUGCGGCAUCUAUGGGUGCUUGCUGCCGAGGGGCGCUGUCUCGUGGCAAGAGACGGUGAUGCAGGCGGCUCUGUCACGGGUGGCAUGACCGGCUGCAUCAACCUGAAAAAUGGUGAGACGCAGACAAUCCCCUUGCCAGGAUUGAUACCAGAAUUCGACACCAUUAAAUCCAUAGACAUCAAGGGCGAAGGCUUCUGGGAUGGUCACCUCGACUUCGAAGCUGGAGGUCAAUCGCUGCGAGAAAAGAUCAAGAGCGAAAAUGCCGUGAAUGUGGUCCUUCGGCGCCGGACAGUGUACGACGAGCCCCCGAAGAAUCUUUUCAUGGCGGAAUUGCAAGCAAAGGCCUUGGCAAUGGGCAUUCCAAGUAUCGAUCCCAAUGCUUUUCCUUCCUAUACUAGUACGUUCGCCUCCAGCUCUGUAUCUGGAGCUGGCAUUGCUGCGAGCGCCGCGAGGUCAACAACCCCGAACCCAUUCGAGUGGAUUUUCGAGAUUGGGCCUCUCAGGGACUUUGACCAUGCGGAAAGAGCGCUGAUUCUAGGUCCCACACCGAUCGAUGGGAAGGAAGCGAGCAGAGCUACAGUAGUGGAUUCCCGACUCGAAUUUGAACAAGGAGUUCUCCCUCGGAGUAAUCCUGUGGUCCAAAACGGCGGCAUGGGGACUGGCCAGAUUGAUAAGGACAAACUGUGGCAGUUGAGGUUGUUGUUCGCCUGGUUGGAUCGAUGGGAAAGGGAGGAUGAGGAACAUGAUCGAAGAAAACACAUGACCGAGCGAGUUGGGGGAAGUCCUAGAGGGGGCAACAGUGGCAAUGAAGACGCGGACAAAUGGUUCUCGGACAGGGGAGGGACCUGGCUGAGAAGAGAGGUGAUCGAGAAGCUGAAGUGGAGGGUGUGGAAUUUGACGACAGGGGCCAACGACGAGGAUCAUGGGGCGAGAGACUAUGACGCCAACGAGAUGUUGUGA